AUGACUUGUGUCCUGCUGCAAGACAAAAACACCCAAACAAUUGCAUUAUUGUCGACAUCUGCAUGUCGAACAAAAAAAAAGCAGAAAGGAAUACUGCAAUGCAAACGCCCUCAAAAGCGAAAUCAAAACUCUGAACAAUGGCAACAUCAGGUAAAACUACAUCAGCAACAACAGCACGAACAACAACAACAACAGCAUUAUCAUCAUCAUCAUCAUUAUCAGCAUCAACAAAGGCAACAAAAGCAACAAAAACAACACGGUUCUUCGUUGUUUGUGUCAGUUGUCAUGUUGACACUUUUUAUAGUAUCCAUUGAAGGGAUUACAGAAGAAUUGUCACCAGAGCGGGCUUCGUCAUCCAUGAAGAGCUUGUGGAACUAA